AUGACUGACGUGGGGACGGGAUCAGUCGGUACGUGCGAGUACGACCCGGACGACAUGGGUUUUGAGGGAUCACAUGCGAGGAUGGCAACAGCUACAGUGGGAAAAAUGCCCAACACGGAUCCUCGCUUUAAACUUGCAGCAACAUCGGACCUCAACGAUUUUCACGGAAAAGAUUAUGACGAGGACUGA